CGACAGGAAGAAGGUACCCAAAUGAACGGUCCUAACUAAAUUACCCGUCACGUUCUUGAACUAGGAGUACCCAACCCAAGUACACAGUAACAGUAGCGACUAGCGACUAACAACAACUCUAGCCGCCACUUUACUGUGAAGUGUCAAGAGGGUCUUCUGGUUCUAUUCUUGAUCCCACCGGAGAAACCAUGGCCGGAGUCCUCAACAUCCCUCAAUCUUCUUUUUUCCGUUCAAUUCCCAGCAGCCGGAAAGCACCCAGAGCAUCAAUUUCCAUUAUCAGAGCCACCUCUGAGACACCUUUGUCUUCUACUUCAACAAGCACCACCACCAACAAAGAAGCCGAGAAGCUGGAGGCUUCUUUUACUGCUCCACCCAAUUUCAAGCCACUGGAGCCCAAGCCGUUCACGGUGAAGGAAGGCAAGAUUUUGUAUAUUCUUGGGGCUUCCCUCGCCUUGUUUUUUCGGUUGGGCACUGGGGUUUUCGUUUCUGGGUAUUCUGUAUCUUUUGUUUCCGAGAAUGAGAUUCCACCAAACCAAUAUGCUCUAGAAGUAGCUGGUUAUAAAGUGAAAGAGACCUCAAAAGUAGGCCCUCGCCGUGAGAAGCCUAUCGAGAUAUAUGAUCUUGAAAGCUGUCCAUUUUGUCGCAAGGUAAGAGAAAUUGUGGCAGUUUUGGAUAUUGAUGUUCUGUUCUAUCCUUGCCCAAAAAAUGGUCCUACUUUCCGUCCCAAGGUUGUUCAGAUGGGUGGAAAACAGCAGUUCCGUUAUAUGGUAGAUCCAAAUACUGGAACUGCAAUGUACGAAUCAGAUGAUAUAAUUAAGUAUCUGGUUGGGAAAUAUGUUGCGCUCGUGGCAGUUCAAAACGACAGCUGUUAUAUCAGAAAGCUGGACACUUUCAGGUACCAUAUUUGGAAGAUCCAAAUACUGGGGUCCAGAUGUUUGAAAGUGCUGACAUUGUGGAAUUCUAAAGGCAACGUAUGCUCAACGUAUGCUGCAAGCUUUCAAGGAUACACACACAAAUAUAUGAAGUUGAUCUAUACAGAGGCACUAAAAAUCCCUUCAUCAAAAUAGUGGAAGGGCUGCACAAGUUCUUUGUCUAAAGUGGAAAUGGAUGACUUAAAGGAAGGAACAAAACUCACCAGAGGGCAUUCUGGUGAGGUGCUGGUAUGGUCUCACGUAUUGGUGAAUGGUCCAAAAUAUGUGUACAAAACUUGGAGCAGUUUGAGAUGAAUCCUUUGUUGAGUUGAACCAUUUCAGGGGGGCAUAAAUGAAGAAAUAUUUGUGCAUAUGGUUAAUAGCUUAGCAGGCACAAAAAGAAAGGAAUGCCUUGAAGGGUAGAAAGAUAUGUGUCUUGUGGAAAUACCUAUUGAUCAAAUCAAUUAAACCUGAACCCCAUCAUCUGGUUGGAUUAGGGAUUCAAUGAUCAACAUGAAAUUAAUAAGAAAUUUUAGCUGUUCCAUCUAUAAAAGAAAGAUGUUGCUAGAA